AAAAGUUGCUGCUUUUCUUAAAAUAAAUAGGUUACUUAAAUAAUCACCUCUUUUUUAAAAUAAUAUUAUGAAUAAAAUAUAAAGUUUAUAAGUUAGCCUUAAAAGGUAUAUCUAAGUAUCUUUAAAGUUUAAUAUAGUUUAAAUAUUUAUUACCUCUUAGGAGGUAAAGCUUUACUAUGGUAUAUAACUGACUGAUAGACCCCCUGACCAACGGCCUACUCGAAGUUUGUGGCGAACUUGGCAUUCUAGUUCUUGCUUAUUCACCCCUCGGACGAGGUUUCCUCGAGGCAAGAUCAGGCCUGUCGAGGAUCUUCCAGAGAAUGACAUGCGUGCCAAGAUCCACCCACGCUGGCAAGGCGACAACUUCCGCAAGAAUUCCCAGCUAGUUGAUGAUAUCGAAGCCCUUGCAAAGAAGAAGGGAUGCACAGUGAGCCAGAUCGCCAUCAACUGGCUCUUAUCACUCUCUCGUCGCCCGGGGAUGUCUACGAUCGUGCCUAUCCCUGGCUCUACCAAGCCCGACCGUAUCCGAGAGAACGCGACAAUCAUCGAUCUUACAGACGAGGACUUGCGCGAUAUCGACAGGCUACUUGCAUCUUUUACGCCUGCCAGUGACAGAUAUCCUCCUCAACACAUGAAAUACGUCAGUGCUUAGGAACAAGUAUUGCCGAAUAGGAUUAUGGUGCAGAUUGGAGGCGACAGAUCGGGCAGUAUUGGCUGUGUAUUUUGUAAACUAGUUAAACACCAUCGUUUCAACUUGCUAGACAAGGAGCUGCCUCCGAGACUUGGCUUGGCCCAACAUAUUUGCCUGUUGUACAAAGUUGGGUGUGGAAAAGAGGGGAUUGGAGAUAGAAGACGUUUUGAAAGUAGUAUAUUUUUGUAAAUGCAUUCAUAUGAUCAGUCAUAAAGUCAUGAUUCUCGUAUGAAGGUCGUUUCAAACAAGCCCACAAUAGCAACACUUUGUCCAUCAGACGACCAGAUUGACCGGCACGGGAUAAGUGCAACUUCGCAUUUAUCUCCAAGGUUGUUCCAUAUGGAAACAAUUUGAGCCGCAUCUGCAUACACCAAAGUCAAUUUGGAUUGAACCGUUUCUGGCCCAUGAGGGUGGAGUUGAUGAAGUGAUUCCUGCAUGAUUUUGCACAUAUCGAUCUUCAAGCUAUCCAAGGAAGCGGAAUGAGGCCUGUCAGCAUGAGAAUAUGCUGCUGUACUGUAGAUUACAGUAGCACUUGCGGUUGUGACGACUGAAUGCCAUGUUUUCCAGCCUGGAAGCGUGAGCUCAGGCAAGCAACACAUCAAAAAACUCGCCUCUUCAAUUUUCGAAAGACCGUUGUGAGCGUGCCACUCCACAGUAGCCUGCCGUGGCAGCUCUUCCACUUCAGCAGCAAACAUAGGCGGGAUACAAGUCUCAGGCUCAUUCUGUUGACGUAAAGUCAGUGCCUCCCAGUCCGGAAGGGUCUUUCGGGUUGUCUUGUCAUCGUUACCAAGCGACAUGUAAGCAGGGUUGUAUUUCAAGUCCCAAAGAUCAGGACCGUUAUCACCAUCCCCCUCCUCAUCGGGGGAUCCGUGUGCUUGUUUCCAAGCAUACCCUGCCAGCUGGGCGCUGCGCUGGAUCUCGGACGAGUUGGCGCGGGGGAAGUAAGCAACUGAGCUUGUCCACCACUGAAUCUUCAUCUCCUGACCAACUCGCCACAAAUGUUGCAGAGAUAGGACAAUUUGAAGCUCGUGUGACUUCUCAGAUGUGGAAGGGAGGAGCAUUGUUGCUGGAAUCAAGGGUAUCUGACCGGCAAUGGAGAUGCACCGAAGACCUGUAGGCUGGUCUUGAGCUGUCACAGGCACGUCUAUCGCCUGACUGUAGGGGCCAAUGUUUGCAGGUGCCCAGUAUGACCUGGACUGGACAUGGAGACCAUUGCGGUCCCGUAUCGCUUUAGGUGUAGGAGCAGCUAGGGAGAUGGCAAUAUUCACACCAGCCGGUAGGAGGUCACCACAGGAAAUGGUCACUCGCGACGGUGGGUUCGGCCUGGUGAAUAUCUUGCCGUACUCGCCAUUAACCUUAGGAAAGUCUGACAUGCGCCUUAAGACGACGAUGGUACUUGUGACUUGAGAGAGUUGAACACCAGCCCCUGACGCCAAAUCUCUGAUCUUCUCUACGACCUGGAUGGUUUCAUCUUGUAUCGGCAUUUCACCCAACCCGAGGUCUGGAAGUACAGACCAACGCAAAACCUCGCUAUCAGCAGUGAAGGUCCCUGCAUCUUGGGAUAGUGACGUCAACCUCCUUGAAAUGGCAGAAGCCUUUGCGGUUUUCAACUCGUUCAAGGAUUGCGGCAGGUCGCCAAAUACAGUCUUGAAGUGAGGAUCGAGGAGAUUGGGGAUCCGAACUGCUGGUUUGGCUGCAGCAUCAUGCUUGUCUUCGAACCGUGCACCACCCAACAUAAGCCAUGAGCAACCGCCACCUUCACGCACUAUCCUACGCCCCUGUUCUGGGACAACAAUUCUCUUCUUGAACACGGAAGAUGGGCCAUCCAGGACGAGCGUCUCAAAUUCACCACCUUCUCCUAGGGCUGCCGCACCUUGAGCUGAGCCAAACUUGCGUAAUGCAUUCUUGACACGACUCGAGCCUGCUUCGCUUGACACCCGUUCCCAGAGAUGGUUCUCGUCUAGUCCAGCACUGGCAACUUUGAUGAUCCGUGCCUCUAAUCCAACAUUGGCCAUAUCAAUCAACAACUGGGUAUCGGCUGAGAUGGCUGCGGAUGGGGGUGGCAAGACUGGAUACUGCCAUAGGUAGGCCAGGGGCACAAGACCUAGGCGCAGUGCUAUUGACUCAACACGGGUGCGCUGGUAGGUGGAGAGGAUGGCACCGGCGCAUACAGCAUUAGCCUCUGGAUGGCGGGCAAUGAUGGACUGUAACAAGGGAAGCAUGGACUCCGUCUCGUCACUCUCCUGGACCUUGUCCUGGGCAUUAGCCGUGGCAUCGUAGUCCCUCUCGUGGCGGACCGCACGUCCAGUGAUGGGUAGCCGAUAUAGCGGCAGGCCAGUUGCAUCGGCGUACAGGGGGAGGACUUCGUGCCCGACUGUUUGGUACAUGAAACUAUUGAGGUCCGUGUCGGAAGAUUCCCCGGAGCCCUGGCCUUGCCGAAGGCUGUCAUGAUCCCCUGUGGCAGGAUCAGGCGGCUGGGGUGUCCAGGUACCCGGAUCGAUGCGCUGGAAGCCCACGGGAGAUGAGAGAUCCGAAGGUGUCUGGAGAUUGGUCUCUGGUUCAGCCUUGGUGGCGCCUUCCUGGCGGAACGGUGAUUGUCCGCCUGAAAUAGCUGAACUUGAGUCUGGUGCUGGUCCUGGGAACAGGUUUGCAAGAGCCACGAUCUGAUGGCCGUGCUCGAGACAGUGGAUCAGGCUGAAGAAGCUAUCUUUGCCCCCCGAGAUAAGAGCAAUGACAUUGAGCUUUUCAGAAGACAUGGCUGAUAGAACAGUGGCCGUUGACCAGGCACUGCUUUACGGAAGUUGUACCCAGUCAGGCAGGCAGCUAGAGGCUGGGAAAUGAGACCUGGAGGAUAGUU